UGAGCAAAAAGAGCAGAAAAAUAGAAACUUCACAUUUAGCGUACUUAUUUUUAAACCCAGAAGAAACUAAACUUUUCACUUGAGACCUUCAAAGGUAUUCUCAUUUAGAAAAGCAAAACAAAAUUGAAAUUUCAUCGAACACAAUCACACACAAAUGUACUGAAACGGUUUAAUAACCUAAAACUAGCUACUGCACAGUAUGUGAAAAUGAAGAGUUGAUGGAGCAACAGACACUUUCAGUGUAUUUUUUUUUUUUUUAGCAUUCAUAAUCUUAAUUGAAGUGUCACAUGAGAGGUAAGUUAUCAUCCACACAGUUAACCAGAGCAGAAAUGUAAGAUCCCUCCUCUCUGCCCCGGCCUUGACCCCUCCAUGCCCUCUGAAUCCGCUCACUUUUUCUGCCACCCACGGUGAGGGAUGACAGAAUACACACCAGUACUAUGCGUACUAUGUGUGAUGGAUUUAUUCUUUCCACCACUAGAGAGCAGUGCAUACUACUGAGAGCAGCACCUGUGGAUGUGCUUCAACCAUAACAACGCAUCACAUGCACAAAGUUGUGAAGGAGGAUGAAGUCAAGGGGCGGGUUCUCCGUUUACUGGGAGAAAACUGCUGCAAAGAGCCACAAAAUGAUUCUCCUCCAACCCAGACAGGGAUUAUGAGCAGCCCCUCUUUACCUGCAACGUAAAGGACACAAAAGGAGAGUUCGGAGAGAGAAUGUUCAGCUUCAGGCUUGCCUACAUUUUCUCGUAUAACCUGUUCCAGUUCUGCGGACACACAUGGAUACUGGCUAAUACCAUAGCCAGGGUUCUCUCAUUUGGCCAAGAUGCCUUAGCAGAUACAUUUUACUCUGUUGGCUUCGUGAUGAGUCUGUGCCAGCUGCUCUCCAUCCUGGAGCUUUUCCAUAUCGCAGAUGGGAUUGAGAAAGCCAGACUCCUCCCUCGCUUCAUCCAAGUAACGGAGAAGAACCUCCUGCUGAUCAUGGUCAUCAUGCAGGAGGAGAUCCAGAGUAAACCAGUCGUGUGUGCACAGUUCUGCUUGUGGAACAUUCUGGACCUCCUACGGUACCCACAUGAGCUGCUGUGUGUUAUGGAUAAACCCUCCAUCGCCAUGCUGUGGACCCGCUACACACUCUGGAUCCCUUUAUACAUCCUGUCAGUGGCCACUGAAGGUGUCAUUAUAUACCAGGCCGUACUUUACGUUGAACCAACAGCAUCAACGUCAUGCCCUUUGAACUCAACGGUGUCCACACACAGUCCGCUCCCCUUCGUCCUGAUGCUCUACCUGCCUGUUCUUGCUCUCGGGGCCUCAGUAACAGUCUGGCAACUGCUGAAGGAGAGACAACACCACCUGGAGAAAUGGAACAAGAAGAUGAAAAGGAAAUGACACCUGAAGACUGAAUGUUUGGAAGUC